UAUCAACGCAGAGAACAUGGGGCACCCACAGUAGAACUCAGUCAUGGCGUUCGCUCUGGGAGGACCUUCCUCAACUGCGAUCUUGGCCUCUCGAUCUAUCUCUUCUCCCUCCCCUCGGCAUUUUGCCCCUCUUCUCUCUCUAACUCCAGGUCAUGCUAAUGGGAAGAAGUCUUUUGGGAGUAUUAGGAUUCAGGGGAAGAAAGGAAGGCCUCAGGUCCAAUGCAAUGUUGCCACUGAAAUAAACACUGUCGAGAAGGCUGCGAAUAUCUCAGAAGAGAGUCAGAGGCCUGUUUAUCCAUUUGCUGCCAUAGUAGGGCAGGAUGAGAUGAAACUAUGCCUUCUUCUGAACGUUAUUGACCCAAAAAUCGGAGGUGUCAUGAUCAUGGGUGAUAGAGGAACAGGAAAAUCAACCACGGUUAGGUCCCUGGUCGAUUUGCUCCCUGAAAUCAGAGUUGUGUUUGGGGAUCCCUACAAUUCUGACCCUGAGGACCCUGAAUCAAUGGGUAUUGAAGUGAGGGAAAGUCUGGGGAAAGGAGAGCAACUUUCAGUGGUGAUGACCAAAAUCAAUAUGGUUGAUCUGCCAUUGGGUGCUACUGAAGAUAGAGUUUGUGGGACUAUUGACAUUGAAAAGGCACUUACUGAAGGUGUGAAGGCGUUUGAGCCAGGCCUUCUUGCUAAAGCUAACAGAGGCAUUCUGUAUGUGGAUGAAGUAAAUCUUUUGGAUGAUCAUUUAGUUGAUGUCCUACUGGAUUCUGCUGCCUCUGGUUGGAACACAGUUGAGAGAGAAGGCAUUUCCAUUUCCCAUCCUGCUCGGUUCAUUUUGAUUGGUUCAGGAAAUCCAGAAGAAGGGGAGCUUAGGCCACAGCUGCUCGACCGGUUUGGAAUGCAUGCACAAGUUGGCACUGUAAGGGAUGCCGAGUUGAGAGUGAAGAUUGUCGAGGAGAGGGCCCGGUUCGACCAGAAUCCUAAGGAGUUCCGUGAAUCUUACAAGGUUGAGCAAGAAAAGUUGCAACAACAAAUUUCCUCAGCUAGGAGUUCACUUUCUUCUGUGCAGAUAGAUCAGGAUCUAAAAGUGAAAAUCUCGCGAGUUUGCGCGGAAUUGAAUGUCGAUGGAUUGAGAGGCGACAUUGUGACUAAUAGAGCUGCAAAGGCUCUUGCAGCCCUGAAGGGAAGGGAUAAAGUUGCUGCUGAGGACAUAGCCACCGUGAUUCCCAACUGCUUAAGACACCGUCUUAGAAAAGACCCAUUGGAGUCCAUUGAUUCUGGUUUGCUUGUGAUUGAGAAAUUCUAUGAGGUAUUUAGCUGAGAAAGGUGAUACAGGUAGCCUUAUCUUUGCAACUCUUUUUGUAAGUUGUUACAAAGUGACACCAUUGUGCUUUUUGUUUGUAGUGUUUCAUUUUGCAUUUAUAUGAGCAGAACUUUACAGAUUUGCAAUGCACAGGUAAUGCUGUUUAGAUACAGGAAAAGAAGCAGUAGAAUUGAAGCCAUUUAUGGUAUUUCAGCUUAAGCAUUGUAAGUUAAAAUAAUUUCAAAAUCAUUAACACGUUUUGCAUUCUAUAA